GACAAAUACCCACCAUUUGCUUCGACGUGGAUGGAACUGGAGGGUAUUAUGCUGAGUGAAUUGUGACAGGAACAUUCACAUCCUCGCUUGAAAGCCAAAGUCCUGAAAAUAUCCAGGAGUUGGAACCUUGACUUUCUCAUCCAUCUCGGGUCCAUCACAAGAAAAACAAUCUGGUGGAGGAAGAUAAGAAAAAAAAUCAAUGAAAGAAAUGUAGCAAUUCAGAUCUGCUUUGCCGUUCUCUUUUGGCUGUGGCAGUCUGUCUGGUGGUCAUUGUAAUAACAGUUUACUACCAACACAAACAAGACUGCCAUAUAUAAAUUUUGUGGGAGGUUCACCAACUUUAUCAAAAAGUGCUGUGGGACCACUGGCCUCAUUCUGUACUUGAUCAUCAUCAUAAUCAUAUCAACAGCCUCAUUUCUUGGCCAAACCAACCAUAGAACCCAGGAACUAUCAGCCCCACAGGAUCCAUUAUCACCAAGAGCCCAUUUGCUACAACUUUCAGUAAUAUUUAUCUACUGAGGAGAUCAUUGAGGCAUGGAGCCUGUGUCAAUCCCCGAACUGGUUGGUGGACUUGUUGAUUGUGUAGCCCAGUUAAUAAGAAUAGCUGAAGAGCUUUUACAACUGAUUUCACAAGAACAAAUUCCAUGUAGAGAGCAAAAUGAUAGAGCAGAACAGAUGGAAGCAGAUGCAUCUUCUCCUGAAGAAGGUUCACUCCCAGACCUUUCUGAUUUCUCAGACUUAGAGUCAAUACUUACACCAAGAGAAGAUGGAGACUUAAUCUUUGACAUAGAUCAAGCGAUGUUAGACAUAGAAGACUUAUAUGAAGAUGUACUCUCUGGCAUAAACGAGGACUUAAGAAGUGGUUAAAAUUUAAUUUGCCCCCAGCAGCAUGUGAGAACUGAUCAUUUUUCUUUUUAAAAUAGAUUCAGACUUUUCUGAAUGUUAGCAAUGUGAGUUUUCUCCUACUUCUGUAUAUUUUCAUUACUAAUACCUUAUAGAACAAGCAAUACUAGAUUUACUUCCAGUAGAAGCUAAUCUCUUUUCUUCUUUAUGUUUCUUUUAAAAGCUCCAACGUUAGCCAUAUCAUUCUUUCUCUACCUGUCCUUGUUCUCCUGUUAGGGUUACUAAUAACAGGAGCAAACAAUACCAAAAAAAUAAACUCCUCAUCUAAUAGCGGAGUGAAGACCUCACAGACUCUAUCACAUAAUAGAACCCAAUGGUAUUGUUCUGCACAUGGAAACCAAAAGGGGAAUAUUCCCCAGGAUUGUAUUAUAAUGAAUACAUCACAUUGACAAGACAGUUUUGGAACACUUUUACUUGAAAAGAUGUAACUCCUUACUAGGCCUUUAGGAGAGGAUGUGUCAACCAAAGGAUGCUAUAGGAGACCAGGGGAAGCAAUUUUGAAAAAGCACCAUCUGUCGGAUAAUAAAACAGUAGAAAGCUUUUCAGAUAACUUUUGCAGAGAGAAACCUUUGAAAAAGCCGAGGCCAAGAGGUUCCGAUGCAGGAUUUUUCCCUCAAACGAUGACCCACACUGCAACUAGUCUUCAAUAUUGUUCCUCAAAUGGAAAGGACUAAUUAAAUCAUAUAAUGAUAUGAGUAUGCCAGUACUAGAACAUCUAAACAAAGCCCCAUGAGGAGUGUUCACCAGUGGAGAGUCAAACACUCAUGGCAUAGGCUCAGACGUGACGGUCCGCAAAUAGAAGUGGAUAAAAUAUAUCUUCUUGGGUAUAGCUAGAUUUAUAAAGAAUAGCUGAUAGGCUUAUUAUAGUGAACCUGCUGCCACUUUGACAUAGAAAUCUUAACUAUUGACAAAUGGAAGCAAUGAUGAAUCUGAAUAAAAUAGGAACUGAUAUUUAAGCCCCAAUAAUUCUACAAAUAGCAGAAGGGUAAAAUGCAAUAGUUGGAGGACCUCCCUCCCCAUAUCAGAACAGAAAGAGACCCAAUAAAUGUGUGGGAAAUUCACUGCUUGUAGUCAUUCCAUGCUGUACAGCAGUCUCAUUUCCAUUUGGAGAAAUAGCUACCCUUCAGAGAAGCCCAUGAUCACUAUGGUCCUCCUUCCUAGAGAAUGACCUUUGUGUCCUACAACAUGGGCAACAACUGGUAAAGGCAUUAAAGUGUAUUUAGGACAAAUUGGUGUAUUCAAAUUGUGAAGAAAUGACAUGAAGUUAAUUCAUGCUGGUGGAAAACAGACUAUACCCAAUUCAUUGAGCCCUAAAGCAUAUUAUUGGCAAAAAGAUUAAAAACACAUUGAAUACAGAGAGCUCCAGAGCUAGCCAACAUGACAGAUGCUGUAUCUAAUCCUAAGCAGGGUCUACACACACGGAUAAUUAGCUGCUUUUAAAGGUAAAUGUGGGGGAAAAUUAGAGAUCCAAUGUGGAUGAGCAGUAGCAGAAGAAGCAUAAGUCAGUCUUGCUACUGAAUUUCAGGAUAAUUAUGUAACAAAUUGCAGAAAGAGACUGCUGUAUCAAAAAAAAAAAAAAAAAAAAAGCUACCACAGACCCUUUCGAAAAUGAGAGGAACUUAGGGAGCUACUCAAACAUGUUACUAUGAGAAAGUUCCAUAAUAGACUGCUACGUGGAAAGACAGAGUAGAUGAGGAUCCAGGACACUUAGACAGGUGCACAAAGACACAAAGAGGAAAAAUAAAAGUUUGAUCAUCAAGCAACUACUGUGGGUAAUUACAAGCCAGACAAGACAUCAGAUUGAGGGACUUGGCUACUGCACUAAGUGGACAAAUCAAGCCUUACUUUCCUAGAGUAAGGGACUCUAGCUAUCGCAGUAUGUCUAAAAUGACAAAUAAGAGAUGCAGCACAAAGGGACUAUGUGAAAUUAAAAUAUAGUGCUGCGAAAGCAAGAAGAAAUGGUUUAUCCCACCAUUCCAUUAGGAGCAGUUUUACAAGGAGGAUUUGUGAUAACAAUUAAACAAGGAAAUCUAUACAUGUAGCAACCAAGAAGAAUCACAGAGGAAUUGGUUAAAGUUAAAAGAUAGAAUCUAUGUUUUAAUUAAAGGUUUGAAAAAAAAAAAGGUUUGAAAACAGCCAGGGAAGAUACAAACUCUCCACUAGGAAUUUGGACUUUAGGAAAUUGGCUAUAAUUUUGUGUCAAAAUAAAAUCCAAAGCAGGAGUACUUCGGCAAAAUCCGGAAACAUCCAAGGAGAGACCAUCAGUCUGUUACAAAUUCUAUUUAGUGAGCAAUUUCACUGUAAAUGGACAGAUCUGGUGCUCCUCAUAUAUGAUAGAUACUGAAGGGUGGCUAUUCCCCUAAGUAGAACUCUGGAAUAUAGACUUUAUAGCAAUUCUGCAAUGGAUUAGUGUGAGCUUACUAAAACUGUUAAUAUUAAUGAGAAACCACAAGCAAGCAAACUACCUCAAGCAGGCCAUCAAAAUACAUCAAGAGAAAUCUGUGUGACUACUCCAGACCUUGAAACAAGAUAAAGCUUGAAGCAGCCUAUAAAACAACUAUGUGUCAAAACUGGAAGAUGUGUGAAGCUGGGUAGCCUCCUGGUUCCAUGGGUCACGUGGAAAGAUUGUACUAUAAUGAUGCCUCAGGAUUAGAUAAAAUAUAUUGCAAUGUUUGCUUUGUGUGAUGAUAUGUGUUUAAGAACUAUUCAAGUGUAACCCCGCUCCAAACAAUGGGUUGUGGUAUUAAGUGUGUAUAGUGUUGAUAGUGAUAAGAAGUAAGUGUAGGCAAUGAUAAAAUACUUAGGAACAAGAGCGAGUAAGGAAUAGUAUUUUCAGGAGAGAAGAAAAGCAGUAAGUUGUAUAGAAUAGUCAUGCGGCUAUUUAGAGUGGAAAGCCAUGGUAUAGAGUUCCUAAGCAGGUUUAUGAACAAAGCCUUGUUUUUGUAAUAUGCAAAUUAACUAACCCCAAGUCAUUGAUAUUGAUAGAAAUAGCUGGUUGGCGAUCAAUACAGGUCAUGCAUUUAAAAGCCCAAUUAGAGGGAGAUAUGUUAAUUAAAUUAGCAGUACACUGAUUGAAUACCUCUGAUUGGAAUCCAGGAGAAUGGAGAGAGUGGCUAGUGCAUUAUUUAAACUAGCCCUUUUCUGGACCUUCUUGAGACUAACACCAAAGCCAAUUCUUGUAUGGCACAGAGGGAUAAAGGGGGAGACAAGCUCAUCAUUCUGAGACAAACUUAAAGAUGUGAAAACCCAGGGAGAUAGGUUGGAGCUGGCAAUGAACUAGGAAGCACAAGUCUUUAUCCUUCUGUGUUUGACUAAUGUGCAUGAGAGGUUGCAACUACAUAAUUGUAUCCUUAUGUGAUGAUCAAUGUCAGUCAUUAAAUUAUAAUUGAAUAUCAUCUUUAUUUGCUGUUGAUCCAUGCCAUUUUAUUGCUAUGUGUUUUAACAGAUUUUAACUAAUAAACUUUCAUUCACAAAUCAAA